AUGAGUAUAAACGGAGAUUUUUUAAAGUGUGUUGAAAUAAGAUCAAACAAAGAUAAUUUAAGCUCUUUAUGGACUAAAGAAAAGUUGAAUAAAGAUCAAAUAAUUGGAGUUAUUGAUAAAAAUUCUGUAAACGAUCCUAACGCUAUACUAUUAUUUGGAUUAAUUCGUCCAGAGCCAACAGCAAUUAUGGAUGCAAUUAAUGUUACUGUAAAAACUCUUGAUAAUAAAAUAUAUGUUCAAACAAAAAGAGAAAUAGAAGAAAAUGAAAAAUUAAUUAGUAAUAAAUGGAUUAAUAAUAUUGAAAAAGAUGAAGAAAAUAUAUCUGUAUCGGAUGAAGAUAAAGUUAAUAUUGUAAAUAACAAAGAUAAAGAAAUAAUUGAUGAUGAUAAAAAUUCUCCAACAUUGGAUUAUGACGAUUCAAGCACCAAUGAAGAUAAAUCGCAAACUUCCUCUCAACCAAUAAAAGAAUCAUAUUCUUUUAAUUGCAGUGAAGACAACGAUCCUAACGGUCAACAUCGGUGCCAUCUUUGCUCCAAAAGUUUUUCCUCUGCUAGUGGUCUUAAACAACACAGUCAUAUUCAUUGUAGUUCAAAGCCAUUUAGAUGCCAUAUAUGCAAUAAAUCUUAUACACAAUUUUCAAAUCUUUGCCGACAUCGCCGUGUUCAUUUGGAUGGUUGGACUUGUAAUAAUUGUAAUUUAUCAUUACCAAAUCAUUCAAGCUUAAUAAAACAUCGUUCUCUUUGUGAAAUGGCCUCAACAUUAUAUAAACCAAUAGCAAAUCCACAUAGUUUAUUAAAUGUCUCAAAUUAUUGGCCACCAUUUUUGAAUAUUAAUUCUAAUGUACCUUUUCCAUUCCCAAAUCCAUUGUUUCCAGCUAUUGGCUUUCCGGAUUUAAGAAACAAUUUAAUUAAUAAUACUGGUUUUGUUGAUAAUUCUAGUGAGAGUGAAACUAACAAUAAUUCUUCAAAUAAUUCAGAAACAGAUUUAAUACCAUCACUAUUUAAAAAUUUUGAUAUAGGUUCACCAUCAGAAUCACGUAAUAUAUCAAUACCAUCUCAGUCAAAUAAUUCUACACCCCAAAAUAAUGAUAUAAAUCCACUAGAUCUUUCUAUUAAUAAAAAUAAUGAUAAAAAUAUAAAUGAUGGUAUGGAGGUAGAUGAAAAAGAAAUUGAUUCAUCAAGUGAUAAAGAUAAAAAUGAUACAGAAACACCAAAAACUUUUAAUCUUUUUCAACCACAAUUAAAUAUUGUUCCUACUGUAACACCACCGGUUACUAAAUUGCAAGAGUCAAAUCCAUUAAUGUCAUUACUAGAACAAUCUGUAAAAAAUAAUUCAAAAAAAUUAAGUGAUAUAACACCAACAAUCAAUCCAUUUUCACCAUCAACAUUUUUUAGUAUGCUUCAAAGACCAUUUCCUUAUCCUAAUUUAUUGUCACAAGGAAAUUUACAAACUCAGCAUACAAUAAAUAAUAUUAAUAAUGGUAAUAUUAAUGGCUUACGUACUUCACACAAAGGAACAUCAAAUGGUUUAUCAUUAAUAUCAACACCACAUUUUAAAAAUAAUAAAGAUCGAUAUACGUGCAAAUUUUGUAAUAAAGUCUUUCCUCGUAGUGCAAAUUUAACAAGGCAUCUUAGAACUCAUACUGGAGAACAACCAUAUAAAUGUCAAUAUUGUGAAAGAAGUUUUAGUAUUAGUUCAAAUCUUCAAAGACAUGUUAGAAAUAUUCAUAAUAAAGAAAAACCAUUUAAAUGUGAUCAAUGUGAUCGUUGUUUUGGUCAACAAACAAAUCUUGAUCGUCAUAUAAAGAAACAUGAAAAUGGUAGUGUAGGAUGCUUAUCAGGAAAACAAUCAACUAGUCCACCAACAAUUCAUAAUAAAACAACUAAUGGAAUUGAUUUUACAACACAAUCUAUUUUUGCAGCAACCAAAAAUGUUCUAUUUAAUAGACCUUUAAUAUAA